AUGUCUAGACGCAUCUUCCGUCCACUUUUCUCAGCGUCCAAGUUCUUGAAAUCUCCCUCAGGCAUAAACGCAGGAGAAGGCGGAGCACGUCCAAGUCAAAUGUUAACCCACACCGACCCACGCGCAGACCACAAAAAACUCAUCAAAGAAGCCAGAAAAGAUCCAGAACUAUACGUACGUCUGCUUUUACUCCUCUCCAGACCACCCCUUAGUCUUCUACUACUUACCUUCGUAUAUAGNGUUCUCUACGCCAUCACAGCAGGUGGCUUUGCUCUGGCAGGUUGGUUCGGUGGUCGUCAUCUCGGUCGUGUUUACUAUACGCGCGACCGUACUGAGAAAGAAACUACCAAGAUCAAUGGUUCGGAGCCUUGGAGAGAGGGUGGUGAGGGCGGUAAGGGGAAGUAUCGUUAUCAUGAUAGAUUGGCUGGGAAGGUCAGGGAUGCACCUUCGGCUUUGAAUUCGGUCAUUGUGCCUGGUGUCAAUUUGCCUAGGCANNGGAGUUGCAUGAGAAGUAUAACAAAUGGGGCAAAGAGGAGUAUGAUGAGUACUAGAGGCUAG